CAUCAAAUUUUAAUUAUCAUAACCACAAGAGCAUUUCAGCAACCUAAUAACGUGUCUGCAUACUUAGUUUAUUGCCAUCUAAAUAAUGGAAGCUUAUUCUAGCUCUUACCCCGCGUCUAAGUCUCAUUCGGUGCGCAAGUCACAAGCAAAACCGUGGAAGAAGGGGCCGGUGGCGCCUCCGGCACCGUCACCGAUCAGAGUGUACAAGGUGGACGCUAUCAACUUCCGUGACCUUGUUCAGCAGCUUACGGGUGCACCAGAGUUCAAGCCUCAUCAGGUUCAGGUUCAGGUUCAGCCUAUGUUGUCACGCAGUGACAUUGCAGCAGCAUCCUCCACUAACUGGUACUCGCAACCUGAAGCAUUGGGAGUGAAAUCUGAGGAAAGUGGUGGUGGAGGAAAGGGUUUGUUGGAAUUGAAUUUAUCAUCACCGUCUUCUUCUUAUAACUGGUGUUCCGUCCCUCAGACCCAAGGAACCAUGAACACCUUCGAACCACGACGGGUUCUUUAGCUUUUAUGUUAUAUUUUUUUAAAAAAAUAAUUAUCUCUCUUAGUUAUUUAUGCUUAAUUAUUUAAUUUCGUCUUGCGUAAAUACCAUUUGUCUACACUUUGUUCCUUUCUGAGCUCCGGCUGCGGCUAGAGUAAGAGUGCUAGUUACGUUACACCUUUUGUUGUUACGUGCAGGUAUUGAUGAAAAUAUUAGUAAAAUGAAAGUUUUUAAUAUUCAAUAAAAGUAUAACUGUUUU